AUGAUGCGACCAAAAGAUUUACGCCAGGGCUCUGGCACCAGGACCUUCCUAGAUGCCAUGCAUGGUGGUAAAGUUCACCUUGCACGCUUCAUCCUGGAUGCCUUGGACGGACGCAUCAUCAACUCAAAGACAGAAAACAGCCGCACGCCGCUCAUGUAUGCCAUUUGCCUACAAGAUCCUGGGGCAAGGGCCAAGUUCACCCGGCUGCUGCUGGAGAAAGGGGCCAAUGUCAACUGCCAGGAUGAGGACGGUCGCACGGCCCUGAGCCAUGCCUGUGAGAUGGGUCACCUGGACGUUGUCAAGCUUCUGGUGCAGUUUAAUGCAGACCCGGAUGUCUCUGACAGCUGGGGUAACACUGCUCUCAUGUAUGCUGCCUUUUCUGGGCACAGCCAGGUUCUGGAGUUCCUGGUACGGGCUUUCAAAAGACUGGGACUGAGGCUGGACAGAACCAAUAAUGCCGGUCACUCAGCCAUUGAGGUGGCCAACUUCUUUGGACACAACCAGUGUGUCCAGAUUCUGAACUUUCCUUGUAGGAGAGGUGUUAGCACAGAUGAUCCACUUGCUGAUGUGGGUACCACUGUUGAAGGAGAGUGCCGGCUGCCCAACAGGCUCCCUAGGCAUGUUCUGGAGAGGUUCUCCAAGCAGUUGAAUAAUGAAGACCAACUGCCCGGGGUGUUUCAGAGACAGCUGAAUAUUGGAGACAGCAGCAGGCCGUGGAACCGCUUCAAGUGUCUCAGGAGCCAGUCUCAAGAGGACAACCAUCGCCACAGCUGGGCUCUGCCUCCUCAGCUAGAGAAAAGCCAAACUGAGGGGGACCACAGUGUUCUCUUUACUGCCAAACAACUGCAAAACUGCCAGCUUAGAGAGCUGAGAGGCCAGAAAGAUGUCAGCCGAGACACUGGACUCCCAGAGCAAGCACCAGAGAGUUUUCCUCUUUGGGGAAAAGCAAAGUCACUUAACCAGGACCUUCUGAGCAGUAGAAAACAGUCCUAUCAGGGUGAUGUGCGUGACAUGAACCUGCCCGCCAGCAAAUUAAAGAGAGCCUCACUACAGGAUGAGAGAUGCCUGAUAGACAAGAUGGAAUGCCAGGGAAACACCUGGGGCCUGACAAACGAUGCUGACAAAACUGUCUCAGUGCCAAAACCUCUUUUAAAAGGCAAGAGUCAGCCCGCGAGAGCACGCGAAGAGAAUGUCAAAUCACAGAAAGAAGAGGCUGAUGACAUUGCUCCAUCAAGCAGGAGAGAGCAGCAGAAGAGGGGAAGCUUUGGCCCGACUGACAGACACAACAAACUGCUUUUUGCCAGAGGGGAGAUGGAGUCGGGUAAGAUCCCUAGUCACGCGCCAGGGUUCAUCGGCCUGGGGACUAGACUGUUGCGUCGAUUUACAGCACCAGAAUUCAUGAGGAUGGUGAUAGACUGUUCGUCGGGCCCCUCAAAUGGCAGAGGGCGAAUGUCCCGCUCGGAAACCUUCCCCUUUUCUCACACACAUCAACAGGUCAACAGCCAGCCGAGCGUUGACAGCAUCAGUGGAGUGAAGUGUGAGUUUGAAAGCUGCUCAUCUCAGACUACCCUCGAUUAG